AUGAAUUUACCAAACAACACUGAAAAUUCAGGACAGAAUAAUAUUAAUAAUAAUAAUAAUAAUAUAAACAUUUUUGAGAGUAACCGAGAUAACAAUUUUUUAGGGAAUGACGAUGGUAGUUUUAUAGAUGAUACUAACAUAAUAGAAGACGAAUGUAUAACUCCAAAGGAUGAUGAAGAGAAUAUUAAUUCAAAAAAAAAAAAAAAAAAUGAUACAGGAAAUAAAAAGGAAGAUAAAAACUUAAGAAUGGGAACAAGUGAAUCAAGGAAUGAAAAUAGUAACAGUGUUCACCCAAGUCGUGAUAAUAACAGCGGCAAUAAUAGCGAUAACAAUAGCGGUAAUAAUGAAGACAGGCAUGACCCUAAUAGUAAUGAUAAUAACCAUAUUAAUAUUGAGAGUAGUAAUAUUGAUAGUAGUACUGUUCAUCGUAGUAACAUUCAUCGUAGCAACGUUCAUCGUAGUAACGUUCAUUGUAGUAACGUUCAUCGUAGUAACAUUCAUUGUAGUAAUAUUGAGCAUGGACUCCAUUUUCCGAACGGAGGUAUUUCCAAUUCAGAUGUUAGCCAAAAUGACGAUCUGAAUAAUGUACGAAUAAAUAAUGCACGAAAUGGUGCAAUAAGUAGUGCAGUGCAUAAAGCAGCGAUACAUAAUACCCCUAUGAGUAACCUUAUGUCUGGCCAUACUAAUGCAAAUAAUAACUCAAAUAGCAAGACAAUCAACAAUAAUAGCAGUAACAGUAACAGAAUUGUCAGCGGUAGAUGUAGCAACAUCAAUAGUAACAAUAUAAACAACAGUAGAAACAGCGGGCAGAGCUGUUUGCCCUUUAGUGCUUUUGCACCAUAUAAUGACAACCUAUUUCAGAAUGAACCAAAUAAUUAUUUUUUGCAAGACGGGAUGCAUUCGCAGUGUAACGAUAUGUAUGAGGAGGGAGUGAGGGGUCCCAUGGAUGACGUAGAAGAAAUGGAUGAUGUGGAAGAAGUGAUACAAAUGGAAGAAAUAGAAGAAGAUUUAGUCGACCAAGUUGAUGAUGACUCUGGGCAGUACGAAGAAAUGAAUGAGAUACAUGCUCAAGAUGAUAUAAGUGUUCAGCAUGUGGAAAGGACAAAAAAUAUAGGAAAAAAUCAAAAAAAAGAUGGUGAAGAACAGGUGGAUAACAAUAUUUUGGUCAAUAAUGAUGGUGAAAGUAGCGAAGAUAAGCAUAGUGAUAUCCGUAGUGAUAACCAGGGUGAUAAUCGUGGUAAUAUAGUGAAUGACCAUGGAUUGGUACGCAAUGAUGACGAUAUUAUGGUCGAUUCAUUACUGAACAGUGAUCAUAGGGCCUCAUGCUAUGGAAAUACACGAAAUAGGAUUAUAUCAGAAGCAGGGGCACCGGGAUUUAUAGACAAUUUAACUCAGUAUUUACAAAAGGAAUUAACUUGUCCAAUAUGCUUAGAUUAUUUUUACUUACCUGUAACAAUGAACUGUGGUCACACAUUUUGCAGAUAUUGUAUAGGGCAUAAUAAAUUAAAUGGAAAGAAUUGCCCUUUAUGUAGACAACCAUUAGGUCAUACUUCAUGUAUUAAUACAAUUAUAUCAAAUUUAGUACGUAUAUAUAAUUUAAGAAGGAAAUCAUUAAAGAUAUAUAAAUCCAUAGAAAUAGUAAAUACAGUAGAUGAGAUAUGGUGGAAUGAAAAUUUUAUAAAACCACAAGUUAGUAUAUCUCUUUUUUUAAGGAUCUUUUUACAUGAUAUGAUAUCACCUCCAAUAUUUUUUGAUGAUUUAACUUCAUGUAUAGUUGAUUUUUUUACAGUUAAUAAUUUAUGGUCUAAAGCCAAAUGGGUAUUUAAUAUAAAAGAUUGUCGUAUAUUUAGCGAAUUAAUAGGGUAUGAUAAAGAUGAUAAAGAAACAACCAAUGAAAGAUUACAUGCAUGGGUAGAAAGAUAUAUUACACAGAACCCAUCUAUGUGUAUGAGAAAAGAUGAAAAAAUUAUUUUAAAAUUAUAUCAAGAUAGAACACAUCGUAUUGAUAGUCAUAUUUUUGAUUCUACAGUUUUACCUAAUAGAUUACCAUGGGAUGGAGGAAGACAUGCUAAAAGUCUUAUACAUAUGCCUCAUUCAUCGGUAUCUCUAUCCCAUUUAUUAUUUGUUAAGGCAGAAAAUAACAACAUAGGAGUUGUCGAUUGUGGUUCAACCAUUGGUACAAUGAUUAAAGUUAAUAAUUAUCAUGUUUUAAAAGAAGGUGAUAUAAUACAUAUUGGUGACAGGUUAGAAGUAACUGUGUCUAUUGACAAAAACACGGCAGGCAUGCCUUAUAAAGGUUAUGUGUGGAAUAAAAAUGCAAACAAAGUACUAGACAGGCACGAACUGAACGAGCUCAUCAAGGCGGAGCUAGUAAGCGGUGUUGGUAGUGUUAACAGUGUUAGCGGUAACAACGAUAGCGGUCAAGUUAAUAAUGGCCAAGUUAAUAAUGGACAAGUUAAUAAUGGACAAGUUAAUAAUGGACAAGUUAAUAAUGGCCAAGUUAAUAAUGGCCAAGUUAAUAAUGGACAAAUUAAUAAUGGCCAAGUUAAUAACGACCAAGUUAAUAAUGGACAAAUUAAUAAUGGCCAGAUUAAUAAUGACCAUGCUAAUAACAAUAUAGAGAUAUACAACUCUUCGGAAGGACAAAUGCCUUCCUAUUGUGAAGAUAUCGAGUCAAAUUUACUAAUCAAAUUUGAUUUUGGUACAGUAAAAGAAGAAAUUACAUUAAAAACUGAGUACAUAGAUCCAAAGGGGGUUGUAUUAGGUAGAGGUCCAUAUGCCCAGUCAAGUUAUAAGAAAAUUUCUGUUACGAAUUCUAAUGGGUAUGUAUCUAGAGAACAUUGUUUAAUAUACUAUGAUGGAUCAAAAUCAUCAGGUGAGAGAUGGUUGUUAAGAGAUACAAGUACUCUAGGUACCUUUUUAAAGAUUAAACCAUUUUCUAAUCCAGUCCCAUUACCAAUUGGUUCCAUAUUUAAAGCUGGUCAGUGUAAAAUAGAAGUAUGUUCACAUGACACGGCACAAUUUACACAAUAUCCAGAGAGAUCCAUAUCACUACAUAAUACUAAUAAUAAUCCAUCCAACUUAGAUAAUAAUGGGGAAAGCAGAAAUAACGAUAACGAGAGUAACAACACCAACAAUAAUGGAGGAGGUAGUAGUGCAAGCGGUAAUAACAAUGGAGGAAAUGGACACAGUAAUAAUAACAACAAUGCUGUGGGUGGAGGUGGCAAUUACAGCGGAAGAAGCAGCAGCAACGGAAAUGAAAAUGAAAAUGGAAACGUCAUUCGAAACAAUUGUAACAACUACAGCAAUAGCUAUAACUGUGGUAAUAGUAACAGUCGUAACAACUUCACCAGUAGCUGUGAUAACAGUCUAUUAUAUGACAUUCCACUUAGCUCCAUUCGAAACAAUGCUCAGAUGGGCUAUAACGUUAGCAGGAGCUUAUACCCAAAUAGUAACAAUGGCAGCAGUAACAAUGGAAGUAGUAACAAUGGCAGUAGUAACAAUGGAAAUAGUAACAAUGGAAGUAGUAACAAUGGAAGCAGUAACAAUGGAAGUAGUAACAAUGGAAGUAGUAACAAUGGAAGUAGUAACAAUGGAAGCAGUAACAAUGGAAGCAGUAACAACAAUGACAAUUACGAGUGUGAUAACCAAAAUGAUGACUAUCACAGUAGUUGCAGCAAUAUGCAUGCAUCUAGAGGAAGGAGAAGACAAAGAGUAUUGCCACUACACAGCAACAACCUUGAGUAUAAUAUUACCGCACAAAAUUUAGAGCACAACAAUUUACAUUUAUCUUUUCGAAAUAAAAACAGGCUUACCAGUAAAACCUGCAAGCAUAAUAAUAAUCAUGGAGAUACGUACUUUUAUAAUUACCUAAGAUACAGUGUUAAUAAUAAUGGAAUGAACUACAACAGUAGUAGUAGCCACGAAUUCAACGAUAACAGUGAUAACGACGGUGGAAGUAACAACAGAAGAGGUAAUGAUAAUCGAAACGAUAGUAAUAAUCGGAACGAUAGUGAUAAUCGGAACGAUAGUGAUAAUCGAAGCGGUAGCGAUAAUCGAAGCGGUAGUGAUAAUCGAAGCGGUAGUGAUAAUUGUAGUAGCUCAAGUAAAGACUACAAGGGUUGUAAUAAUUACAGAUUUAACGAAAGAACCGAAUAUGAUAAUAACACGUUUUACGUCAACUUUAGCAAUAAUAAUAAUUAUGAACAUGAUUAUAAUGAAAAUAAUUUUAUAAAUAAUUGUACGAAUAAAGAUGAUAACCUUAACCAUUUUAUGAUAAACAAAUUUUGUAUCAAUAAUAGUUGUGAUAUUAGUGUCAGGGAUGAAGACGAUGAAGAUAGAUUUCGUGUUCAUAAAUACUGUCUAAAUAAGAAUAAUUUCAAAUAUGCAAAUAAUUGCAAGUUGGACAACAACCUCUUUCACCAUAAUUGUUUGCUUAGUAACAAUACUAUAGAAAAUUGUAAGCGUUUUCAUAGAAAUUACGACGCGAAAUUCUUUUGUAAUAAUAGUAUUAAUUCGUUAGCAGUUGAUAAAGCUAAUAGUAAUGGUAGCGGUAAUGGUAGUAGGAACGGCAGGAGUAGCUGCAGUGCUAACCUCAACACAUCGGACUCUUUUUUUUACAAUAUAAUGAACACAGAAAUGGUUGGAAGUAACGAAAUAAAUCCGAAGCAAGUUAACCAUCCGAAUUUAUUGAAUAUUAAAGCUAGUAGCAUGUGCCUUAUAAACGUUAAAAAAGUAGAAAAGAGUAAGUUGAACGAACUUAUUAUACCAUAUAAAAACAUUAACAAAAAUAAUAAUGUGGACCGUAAGGUCAACAAGCAUGCUUUUAAAAAGUACAACAUUAGCAAUUUGAAUGGAACAACAAAUGGCGGCUAUAAUAAUAAUAGUUGUCUUAAUGAUAAUAGUAGUAAGCAUAAGCAUAACCAUAACUGCCUGAACAAUAGCGGUCUCAGUGCAACUGUUAGUUAUGGUGGAGUUGUUAGAGAGAAUGUUGGUACGGAUAUUGGUGCAGAUAUUGGUGCGGAUAUUGGUGCGGAUAUUGGUGUGAAUGGAAGGAGUGGACACGUUAAUACUACUUCCAGUAACAAUUGCACGCAUAACAAAUUAGAUGGAGGUUCCUCGAAAAAAAAGAGAAACCAUGCACAAACGUUCUUCUACAAAAAUCAAGCAACAAUUAAAGAUGAAGGAGACGAAGAAGAAGAAUUACACGCAAAAAAUAUGAACUGUUCAGAUAAUUCGUCUAUCAUAUAUAACGAAAUGGAAUCAUUUAAAUUAUUAUAUGAUUAUAUUAAUAAUUUACAUUUAAAUAACAAAAAGAAGAGCACAAAUCAUCGUAAUAAUUUAAUAGCUGAAAAGAAUCAUGAUUAUGAUAAUGAUGAUGAACUUUUUCAUAUCUUAAAUAACUCCAAUGUACAUACAAAAAAAAUUAACUUCUUAAAUCUAUUUGCCUCUGAACAGUUGCCUGACCACGUGCAUAAAAAAUUGAGCAAAAAUUUUCUGUUGGACAAUGAAAAAACUAAGAAUAUUCUAUUUAACGAGCACGUAAAUGCAAACCAGAAUAACUUAGUUUAUUCCAUCAAGAUGAACAACUGA